AUGUCGUUUGGUGAAUGCACCAUCACUCUCCAAGAUGUUGCAUUACAUCUUGGCCUGAAGAUUGAUGGAGAACUUGUCAACGAGGCAACGUCUUAUAAAUGGUAUGCCGUCGUACAACACUUGUUGAUAGUGGCUCCACCAGUCAAUGUUAUUAAAUGGGGUUUAUUGAGAAUGAACUGGUUAAAUCCUAACUUUAAUAAUGUAGAAGCAUUGGCUCAUUUGGCACGAGCAUAUAUCAUGUGCAAGAUUGGAGGUUGCUUGUUAGGUGACCACACUGAUUGUCAUAUUACGUUGAGAUAUCUUCCCCAUCUAGAAGAACUUGAGGAGUCUGGAACAUACAGUUGGGGUUCAAUAGUACUUGCCAAUUUAUAUUGGAAAAUGUGCAAGGCAAUCAACAGCACCCGCAUAUAG